AUGGAGAAACCGUGUCUGGAGCCAAGCAGGUGAGAACAGUUUACAAGCGAUGAUGAUCGUCACUGGAUAAAGCCAUACGGUUACGAAACGGUGCUUGGAAUUGCAAAAUCGCAAGCAAAUGUUGAAAAGGCGUUUUCGAGAGCAAAUCAAGCUCGUGUAGGAGACGAGCCGAGCCGAACUGAGCCGAGCCGUGUUUUAGUAAUACACAAAAAAGGCAGAAAAAGAGAUGAGGCAAAUGUUGACGUUAUUGGAGGAAGGUUAACAAGGAUGCUUGUGAAAGUGCUUUUGCUGAUAGUUGCGAUUGGCACUUUCUCAACUGCUUAUCCAACAGAUGCAACAACAAAAGCCACCGGUACCGAUAAGUUGCUUUAUUUUCUAAUGUUAUAA